AAGGCAGUCUUAAAGGUACAGUCCCUCACCCAGGGUGGAGGGGCGAAGACCUCAGCCUUGGCACCUUUGCCCCUUCUCAACCAGUUACCACCCCAUGGAUGACCUGAAUGUGGGGGAACAACCAUCUGCAUGCUUGUUGUAUUCUCCAUUCAUUCGUCCACGAAAUGACAUAGUCUGACGGACACCAUUCAACCCAUCACAUCUGUGCUAGCUCAUGUUUGACCUGACAAAUUCCCAGGAAUCGAUGUUCUUUUCCUGAUUCACUCACGGGACGUGGUCCUCUCACACCGACCUAAGAUUCAUUACCUAUUCCUCGUGGCCUGUGAGAAAUUGAGCUGCCAUUGUCCUUGUGCUCGGUGCCAGUUGGGAGGGACAUAUUUCCAAGUCAGGAUGGAACAUUCUAUCGUAUUGCUGACUCCACUGCAGUUAAAAUGAAUUCUCUCUAUUUACUCAGGUGAUGGCGGCACAUGUUCCAAAACCCCCUGGGUACCUGCAGAUGCUGACCAGUGGGGCGCGGUACUUCAGUGGCCUGGAGGAGGUGGUCUACCGCAACAUCGAGGCCUGCAAGGAGCUGUCACAGUCACUGCGGGCCACCUACGGGCCGAGCGGCCUCAACAAGCUGGUGGUGAGCCACCUGCAGAAGAUCCUGGUGACAGGGGACAGCAGCACGGUGCUGCGCGAGUACCAGAUCGAGCACCCAGCUGCCAAUAUGCUGGUGCUGGCCAUGAAGAUGCAAGAGGAGGAGGUGGGCGAUGGACGUACCCUGGUGUUGCUGCUGGCUGGAUCGCUGCUGGACCGGGCGGGCUCCCUGCUCAGGAGCGGCCUCUCCGUGCCUGAGGUGAUCAAGGGUUACUGCCAGGGUUGUCAGCGUGCCCUAGAGGUGCUGGACGAGCUGUGCUGCGGGCAGCUGGAGGCCCCGCUGGAUGAGGGAGCGGUGGCGAACACAGUGCGGACCCCCAUCAUGAGCAAGCAGUGCGGCUACGAGGGGCCGCUCUCCCAGCUGGUAGCCCGUAGUUGUGUGGUGGUCUGCUCGGGAGGCCACGGUGUCUUUGACCCUGACCUGGUGAGGGUCUGCAAGGUGCUGGGGGCUGGGGUGGGAGACUCUGUGGUGCUGGGCGGUAUGGCCUUCAAGAAGGAGGCCGAGAGCCUGGUGACUUCGGUGAGGGACGCCCGGGUGGCAGUCUACAGCUGCCCCUUCGAGCUCUCCAGGCCCGAGACCAAGGGCACGGUGCUGCUUCAGGGGCCAGCCGACAUGCUGGGCUUCGGGGAUGGGGAGGAGCGCCUAAUGGAGGCCCAGGUCCGGGCCCUGUUGCAGGCUGGAGUCACUGUGCUGGUGGUUGGGGGCAAGGUGGGUGACCUGGCACUACACUAUGCCGACCAGCACCAGCUGAUGGUGGUACGGUUACACUCCAGGCAUGAGCUGACCCGCCUGGCCAAGGCAGUGGGAGCAACGCCGCUCCUGAAGCUGGGAACGCCAUCUCCGGAGGAGCUGGGCAAUUGCGACCGCGUGUACCUCCAGGAAGUGGGCAGCACCCAGCUGGUGGUCUUCGAGCAGGAGAAAGGGGCACCAGCCGUGGCCACCAUCCUGCUGAGGGGCCCCCUUCACGGCCUCCAGGACCAGCUGGAGGAGGCUAUUCGGGACGGGGUGAGCACCUACAGGAGCCUUGGCCUAGACCCCCGCCUGGUGCCGGGGGCCGGAGCCACCGAGGUCGAGCUGGCAUUGCGGGUCGCGGCCCAUGGCGCCUCAUGCCCAAGCUUGGAGCAGUAUGCCAUCCAGGAGUACGCCCGCUCCUUCCAGGACGUGGCCGAGGCUCUCGUCCGCAAUGCCGGUGACCAGGAGCAGCAGGUCAUUGCCCGUCUCUACGCUGCUCACCAGGAGGGCCAUCGCAACCUGGGCUUUGACAUGGAGUCCGGCGGCACCGAUCUGCUGGAUGCAGCCGAAGCUGGCAUUUGGGACCCCCUCCUGGUCAAACGGUCAGCCAUCAGGCUCGCCACCAACGCCGCGGUCACUGUGCUCAGUGUCGACCAGAUCAUCAUGGCCAAGAAAUCUGGUGGGCCCAAACCCCGCGGAGACAACCCCAACUGGGACGAGCCACCGGAUCACAUCGACUGAGUGUCCGUGACACUCACCCUCGGCUUCCAGCCCUCUAUCCAAUAAAUCACACCCACUGAUCAAAUAAAGC